AUGGAAGAUGUGGUUGUGAUGUGUGAUAAAGAAACCAGUAGACCACGAGGGUUUGGUUUCGUUACCUUCGAAUCACCAGAAACCGCGGAGAAAGUACUCAAAAAUCGGUUUUACGAGUUGAAAAACAAGCGUGUGGAAGUGAAGAAAGCGGUUUCGAAAGAGCGAAUGAGUCGGAAUUUUGGGAAUUAUUAUGAUACUUACAAUGCUGUUUACAAUGGAACCACCUUCCCUUUUACAGCUUCAUCUUCUUAUGGUAAUUUUGGUGGGUAUUACAAUUAUGGGAUGAAUGGAUAUGGAUUUGGGGCUUCUUAUGGUUGUGAAGGGCUUUCAUACAUUUAUUAUCCCUAUCAAAGCUUCAAUCCAAGUUAUUAUGCCAACAAUUAUCAGAAUUUGUGUUAUUAUGCAGACACUUAUUCCUACCAAAGUCCAUAUUACUAUGGAAACACCCCAUACAGCAGUAAACGUACCCACAAAUACAGGAAUAGAACCCCAAAUGUGCUCAAAGAUGGUGAUGAUGAUUCUAAUAUAGUGAUAAAGAAUGCAGCAAAUUUGGUUCAGAAGCUUGAGGAUUUGCAUUUGGGAAGUGAUGGUCAAGCAAAUGGUGAUGGUGAUGGUGAUGGUGACCAUACUGAGAUUAGUGAAGAAGGGUUGAGUUUGGAUUGCAAUGGCUGCGGUGAUGGUGGUGGUUGUGCGGUGGUUAUUGAUCAAGAUUUGAGUUUGUAA